AAUUUUACUCCGAAAAUCGUAGUUUGUGAUUCCGGAAUUAGCUGCUUGUGAAUUGUCUUUGUGGGAAGUUGUGUUUUUCUGUAAAAAAGGAGUGUUCCGUCGCAUGAAAUAGUGCUGUCAUCGUUUUCCGGGGAUUCGGAUAUUUCGGAUUAUUGAAAAACGCCAUCUUCGAGGAAGAAACACCAUCACGAAGCGAAAAUGAACAAAAGCGCGACGAAAAAACUGGAUGGAGGCUCAGAUGCACAGGUGCUGCGGAAGAUGCAAGACAUCUGCGCGGAAAACGUUUAUCGAAUGGAGCAACUCUGGUCUGCCAUGUUCGAUAGCAAGAUCUGCAAGGAUUACAUGCACCGCUUGCCGGAUCACAUGAUGGCCUUCUUUGACGAGGUGUACGAGGAAAGCAAUCAGCGGAAAUGCCGCAUCGAGGAUGGAAUCAUCAAGCUGCGCAAGGAAGCGCACGAUCUAAGCCGGCUGCUGAAUGAGCAGCCCGAUCCUCUGCUUCAUCUGGAAGGGGAAAAAGAAGAAAAGUUGCCACUGUUGGUGCUACAAAACAAGCUGGACAGCAGCCUUGAGCAGAUGCGCAGCAGGCUGCGGGAACGGCUGGCCGUGAUCGAUGAUUUUGCGCUGGAAGCCGAAACGCUCUGCGAAGAGCUUGGUGAGCAGGCUCGGUUCCUGCAGAAGGAUCCGUUGCCAACCGAACAAGAGCUGGUGGCUUACCACAAUUACAUCGAUGGACUAAAAGCGGAGAAACUGGCUCGUCUUGAGGAGAUAGCUAUGCUGCGUCAAGAGAUUAAAGGCUAUAUGGCGGACUUGGAAAUCAUGCCAGAGACGGACCAAGAGCAGCACUUGUUGAACGCUCGCAAUUUCCCGCCGACCAAUACCAACAUGGAAGGACUGCGUAAGCUGCAUGAUUAUGCCGCCAGCCAGUACCAAGAGCUGCGACGGCUAAUCGACGAAAAGCACGUUCAGCUGGCGCGCAUGUGGAAAUACCUUAAUGUAGAUCCGGCCAUCAUGCAAAAGUUCGAAAAGCUUAAGAACUAUACACAGAGUAACUUCGACAAACUGUAUGCCGAGUAUGAGCGCUGUGAAACGUUGCGUCGUGAAAACCUUAAGACGAUAGUUGAGCGUACUCGUGCGGAAAUUACCAUGUGGUGGGACCGUUGCCUCAAAUCGGAGGAUGAACGGGCCCGGUUCACCACAUUCCGGACGCACAUCUUCAACGAGGACACGCUGACGUUGCACGAGAUGGAGCUGGAGGAUCUAAAGGAGUAUUAUAGUACGAACGAGCACAUUUUUAAGCUCAUCGCCGAACGGCAGGAAAUGUGGGAACGUAUGCUGGCGCUCGAGAGCAAAACGAACGAUCCAAACAGAUACAACAACCGCGGUGGUAAGCUGCUGGAAGAGGAAAAGGAACGUCGGCGUAUCGGGACCAAACUACCGAAAGUGGAGCAAAAGCUGCGUGAUGCCUGCUUCGAGUACGAGACAAAGCAUGGCCGACCAUUCACAAUUUACGGUCGCAGCUUGCAGGAUACGAUGCAGGAGCAGUGGAUGCGCCGCGAGGAAACUAAACAGCUAAUGUCGAGUGCUCGCAAGAAGGCGAAUGGCGUCGUCGGAGGUUUGGGAACACCCAGGCCCGGUGGAGCGGACACUCUAAUGCUUACCCGUACCGGUGGUGGUGGCUGUUCGUCUACGAUGUCGCUACUAUCGGCGAACCGAUCGCGAAUGAUGGGAUCCUCGCGGAAGGUACCCGUUACACCGUUGAUAUCAGCCAGCAAACAGGGCACUGCUGGAUCGCAAAUGAAGCGCAAACUGGCCACAACACCGACGAACGUGAUACACGCUAAGCGUUCGCUAUUGCGCCAGCUCAAUAGUCCUGCACUCAGCAUCACUAAUCGAUCGAACUCCAAAACGGUGGUACCCGGCCGUAAGUUGCCUUCAAUCAAGGUGUACGAUACGAAGGUAGCCGGUUGCAUCGUACAAAAGCGGCGAUCACUUCGCAAAUCGCAAGGUAAACGCCGAAGCGGGGUGCACAGACAACAGUCACAGCAUCAGCUACCAUCCGUGGUCAUCAGCCCUGCCGAAGGAACAAUUCUGCAAGAUUCGGUUUGCUACGAGAACUUUGAGAAUAAUGUCCCCAAUCGUUCAUCAGUUGUAGCGGCGAACAUGGUGCAUCGUAACAAGCAAAUCAACGGUCACGCACCGGCAAUCAGAGUUGCGUGCGAUGAUCUUGGACUGGCGAACCUGAGCGAAGAGGAGGAGAAUCAAGAUCCUGUCGCCUCCUCGACCGCGCAUGGUUUUUCGCUCCGAUCACAACACAAGGCGUUACAAGAAACGAUCAGCUCGCGAACGCGCAAUGCUACGCUGCGGCUCAAGCCGACUCCCAAGAAUUGCCCAACAACAUUCUAAUAGAAUCUGUCGUUGCAAUAUGCUUGUGGUUCGUUUCAUGUGUAAUUUAUCAGUUUGUCUCUUAUUAGUUUUUAAAUAUGUAUCUGUAUGCCGCGCAAUAGCGGUUACUUCCAAGCGCAGCACAGCUGGGUUAUUUGUUUGAAGAAGUAAUUUUUAGGCGUACCCUCUUUCGCUCUCUACCCCCCUCGGGUGCAUUUUGUUCCAUCGGAGCUGACUUGCCGCAGCACCCUUGAUCGGAGCAUCAUAUUAAACGGAAAUCGGAAGGAAUUGAAAGGGUUUGUUACAUGAACGGUUAGUUAGUUUAGAUUUAUUUUGCGUUUCUCUACUUUUACCAUUUGUGCGUUGCUAGAGUGAAGGACUUUUAAUAAUUCGAUUCAUGUAACAAUGGUGAACUUAUAAUAAUCUGAGCGUUUAUCAUUUUUGCGU